UGUAAUUUCAGGUUUGGGUAUUUUUCUCUUUAUAUUUUCCUUUUCUUUUGAAUUCCAGAGGUAGUCGAUCUUUGCCGUUGAGGAACAAAUCUCAGCACUAAACUGGGUUUUCCCUCAAUUCUCUUUUCAAAAUUUAGAUCUCCAAAGCUUCAGCGCUUACUCUACUUCAGGCGCCAGUACCCAAAAACAAUCAGUGUAAAAUGGUGAAACGUAGAGCCAAGAAAACUGUUAAAGAGGUUCCAGUAGAGGGCGAUGACAAAAGAGAGGGCCAAACUGAGGGGAAUAAAGUGGGAUUAAUCGACCGGGAAGUUGAGCGGCAAUGUGCUGCAAUAAGGGCUGUGCGUGAUGUGGAGAUUGAACAUAUGCUGACUGCGUUGCAUUUGCUACGCUCAUAUUGUACCAAGGAGCAGCUGCAAACACCCGCAUUGCAAUUUUUCAAUGAAAAUCUUCCAAAUCUAUCAGUUAAAAGAAAUGCAGAAAAUGGUCAGUUUGAUGUUCUGUGGAAACAUCAGGAUGGUAACAUAUCCAUUCAUAAUGCAGAUGGAAGAGACAUACAUGCUUCUCUUUUACAUCGUAUGUCGAUAGCUUAUCCUUACUGCCCUGGUAUUCCAUCUUUUGGAGGCUUCGAGUUGUCAACUGAAAGAGCAAGAACGAGCCUUCUACCAGCUGAUAGUCUGCAGAUCAAGGACUUUGUUUUGGAGGGGACAUCGGACAGUCAGAUGUUUGGAAUGCAUGAUGCUCUUCGAACUCCUGGGGUGACCAGCCAAAGGUUAUCAAUUGGAAUGACACCCAAAACUCUGAGAUUGCCUAAGCCUGGGGAGAUGCUUCUUUCUGUCCAUGGCUCACCCCUUGGUGUCUACAAGGAGGAUAAUAUGGAAGCUAUACAUGGUAUACUUUUAUUCGACUUUAUCCAUUUUCUUUCUGAUUUUCAAGGUCAAUAUUCUGCAGGUUGCUGCUUCGCCCUUUUAAGUGGAAGUAAUUUGAAACCUCUGAACAAGCAAAUCAUUUUGCUUUCCCUUACUAAAAUAUAAUGGUUGAUGCCUUUACCUUAAUAUGCAAUAUGUUCUUAAAAUGCAGAUACUAUCCCUUUG